GAGGGGCAGGAGCGGCUCCGGGCUGCGCUCACACGCCCUCAGCACCGGCGGGCGCAGAGCAGCGAUCCCGCAGCGAUCCCGCAGCGAUCCCGCAGCGAUCCCGCAGCGAUCCCACACUCCCGCACCGAUCCCGCACCGAUCCCGCAGCGCUCCCGGCAUGGGGAACAUCGCCUGCGUCCCGCAGGCUCCCGGCGGCUUCAGGAGCUCCUUCCGAAGGAAACCCUCGCUGAAGAAGGAACAAAAUGGCAAGAAAAAGCUGCCCAGCUUCUUCGGGCUAGACGGAGGCCAGGAGAGAGACACGACCACGGACAAGAUCCUGCAGUAUAUCCCAGCCAAGAUUAUUCAGAAGCAGGAAAACCAGAAGGAAAACUUGGACCAGAGGUUCCCCAGCCUGUUCAAGAAGGGCCGAAGGAAUACGGUCGUCAGGAAUUUGGGCAAAAUGAUUUAUUACUCCAAGGUCAAGUUCAAGUUCCAGCACUGCCAGGAGAUCCACAGCUGCUUCCUGGAGCUGUUCCAGUCCUACCUGUACUUCCAGUCCACGGGUCCCAACGGCCUCACCUACCAGGGGCUGCUGCCUCUGAAGGAGCUGCAGGUGCAGGAGCUGGGCGCUGGCCAGAGCCCGGGGCAGCAGGAGCACGCUUUGCACAUCUCAGGGCCCCUGCUGAACCCGCUGGUGGUGUUCUGCCAGUCCGAGGCCGAGCUGAAGCAGUGGCUGUACCACCUGGAGAAGCAGAUCCAGCUCUGUGGAGGGAGCCUGGCCCUGCCCCUGCUGCCCCAGAGCCCCGGGGACAAGGAGGAGCUGCGCUGGUCCGUGCAGAACCUGCCCGUGCAGGACUGGAGGGGAAGCCAGCGGGAAUCCCUGGGAGAAAUCCUCUGCCUGUCCAAGGUGAAGCUCCAGCACCUGCCCUUCCAGGAGCAGCACGAGCGGCUGCUGGUGCUGUACCCCUCCACGCUGGUGAUCGUGUCCAAGGAGCGCGGCGGCCUCUGCUUCAAGGGAGAGCUGCCCCUCAACGCCAUCCAGGUGCUGUUUGAGGAGAACGACAAAAGCUCCUUCCUGAUCGAAGGCCGACUGAUAAACUCCAUCCGGGUGACCUGUGCCAGCUACCAGGACUACCAGGAGUGGCUGUACUGCCUGAAAACCGCCCAGUUCCGAAACGCCGACUCCUCCUUCUCGGGCUCCGAGAGCUUCUCGGUGGGGCCAAAGCCGCCGCAGCCCUGCCAGUUCCCCAGCAGUGUGAGGGGAUCCCUCAGCUCUGACGGCCGGACCAACUCCUGGGCGUCCGGGGGCAGAGUGACCGCGCUGACCCAGCUGUGCCCGGCCAGCGGCUCCCUGCCCGACGGCCCCUCCUUCCUGCUGAGCCCCGAGAGCCGCCGGCUGCAGGAGCCCCUGUGCCCUGCCUACUGCCAGCCUCUGCAUAGCCUGGCCCAGCGCAGCUGGCCCAGCCCGGGGCUGCCCCCGCGGGAGCUGCGCAGGGGCAGCAGCGGCAGGAAAUGCAAGGGCAGCAGCAGCGGGCACGCCGCGCCCCGGCAGGAGCAGGAGAGCGGCGUCUGCGGCCUCACCCCCGAGCAGCCCGGGGCAGAGGGGCAGUCCCCGGGGUACCAGGAGCCCUACUCAGCACAGGGAGCCCAGCAGCACCCCCUGGCACCGCUGGAGAUGGGCAGGAUCUGCUCCGUGCCACAGGAACACCUGGGCCCUGAGCUGCGCCCCCCAGAUGGCCCCUAUGCCCUGGCAGAUGCCAGCUGCCCGUGCCGGGACUCCACGCUGUACCACGACUACGCGGAGCUGCAGAGCUUCCAGAGCGACCUGAGCUACGACAACCUGUGGGAGGCGGAGGAGCAGGAGCCGGGCAGCCCGCACGUCUUCCAGGUGUGAGGCAGGAAAAGCCCC